GAGAGAGAGAGAGGGAGAGCCGGUGCACAGAACGCGCUCAUCACAGAGCCACCAAACCGGGCAAGCCCCUCCAAAUAUGGGCAGAGGCAGGGAGCUGCGCCGAGUAUAUAUACACAAUGUGUGUGUGUGGUGGUCGUGACGGAGAAGCAGGGGAGGGUUGUGUAGCGACGCUUGUCACUCAGCUUGUACGCACACACACCUACACGGGCACAUAUAGCACACACACGCACCUGCCUAUAUAGCACAUAUAUAGCGUAUACUGUACACACACACACAUUCUGCACAUAUAUAUUUCAUACAUACACACACACCUAUCAUACACAAACACAUACACCGUACACACCUACUCAUAAAUAUCACGUAGCCUACACCCACGCACACCUACACAGAUCUACCACAUUCCACACGCAGUCGGCACUCGCGCCUGCACAUAUACACAGUGGGAGGCCACACGCAGCCGCGUCUACAGCGUGGAGAGAUGUCAGCUCGUACUACGACUGCGGAUAGGAAAUACUUGGAGAACAUCUCUGGCGAGGGGAAAUGCAUCGGUGUGCUGACCAGCGGCGGGGAUGCCCAAGGAAUGAACGCGGCGGUGCGUGCCGUCGUGAGGAUGGGAAUUUACACCGGAGCCAAAGUUUAUUUUAUUCAUGAGGGUUACCAAGGGAUGGUGGACGGAGGAGACAACAUCCGAGAGGCGACAUGGGAGAGCGUCUCUGGGAUCCUCCAGCUGGGCGGCACCGUCAUCGGCAGCGCACGCUGCAAGGACUUCCGCGGCCGUGACGGGCGCGAGCAGGCGGCCCUGCACCUCCUGGAGCACGGCAUCACCAACCUGUGCAUCAUCGGCGGCGACGGCAGCCUCACGGGCGCCAACAUGUUCCGCCAGGAGUGGGGCGAGCACGUGCAGAGCCUCCUCAAGCAAGGCAAAAUCUCGGAGGAGGUGGCGGGGCGCUGCAGCAACCUUCACGUCGUGGGCCUCGUGGGCUCCAUCGAUAACGACUUCUGCGGCACGGACAUGACCAUCGGCGCCGACUCGGCGCUGCACCGCAUCGUGGAGGUGGUGGACGCCAUCAUGACCACGGCCACCAGCCACCAGCGGACGUUUGUGCUGGAGGUGAUGGGAAGGCACUGUGGCUACCUGGCCCUGGUGAGCGCUCUGACAUGCGGUGCGGACUGGGUCUUCAUCCCCGAGAGCCCCCCGCAGGACGGCUGGGAGGACCGCAUGUGCGACAAACUCAGCGCAACGCGGGUGCACAGGAAGAGGCUAAACAUGAUCAUCGUCGCCGAGGGGGCCAUCGACGCGCACAACCAGCCCAUCACGUCGGAGCUUCUCAAAAACCUCAUCGUCAAGCGCCUGGGCUUCGACACCCGAGUCACGGUGCUGGGGCACGUGCAGCGCGGAGGGACACCCUCCGCCUUCGACCGCAUCCUGGCGAGCCGCAUGGGAUUCGAGGCCGUGCUGGCCUUGCUGGAGGCCACGCCGGAGACUCCGGCGUACGUGGUCGCGCUCACCGGGAACCAGAUCGUGCGCAACUCCCUCAUGCAGUGCGUGCAGCAGACCCAGGCAGUGCAGAAGGCGAUGGACGAGGGGCGAUUUGAGGACGCCGUGAGACUCCGUGGAAAGAGUUUCCAAAACAACCUCAACUCGUACAACCUAUUCGCGAACAACAAGGCCCCGGUCAGCAAAGCCAAGACGGCCUUCACGGUGGCGGUGCUGAGUGUCGGAGCGCCGGCUGCCGGGGUGAACGCUGCGGUGCGCUCGGCGGUGCGCGUCGGCAUGACGUGCGGCCUACGCGUCCUCACCGUCAACGACGGCUUCCAGGGCCUGGCCAGCGGGCAGGUCCAGGAGAUGACGUGGGAUUCCGUGGGCGGCUGGACCGGGCAGGGGGGAUCGAUCCUGGGAACCAAACGCACGCUCCCAGGGAAGAUUCUGAAGGAGGUGGUGUCCGAGAUUCAGAAGAACGACAUCCAAGCACUGCUCGUCAUCGGAGGCUUCGAGGCGUACCUGGGCGUGCUGGAGCUGGAGGCGGCGCGGGCGCAGCACGACGAGCUGUGCAUCCCCAUGGUGGUGGUGCCGGCCACGGUCUCCAACAACGUGCCGGGCACCGACUUCUGCCUGGGCGCCGACACGGCGCUCAACAUCAUCAUGCACACGUGUGACCACAUCAAGCAGUCGGCGAGCGGCACUAAGCGGCGCGUGUUCGUCAUCGAGACGAUGGGCGGCUUCUGCGGCUACCUGGCCACGGCGGGGGCGCUGGCGGCCGGCGCCGACGCCGCCUACAUCUACGAGGAGCCCUUCGGCAUCGCGCAGCUGCAGGCAGACGUCAUCCGUCUGGUCGAGAAGAUGAAAUCGGGGGUGCAGCGUGGUCUGGUGCUCAGGAACGAACACUGCAACACCAACUACAGCACGGACUUUGUCUACCACCUCUACACGGAGGAGGGCAAAGGCGUGUUCGACUGCCGCAAGAACGUCCUGGGACACAUGCAGCAAGGUGGGGUGCCAUCUCCCUUUGACCGAAACUUUGGCACCAAAAUGGCAGCCAAGGCCAUCCAGUGGCUCUCUGAGAAGCUCAAGGAGAGCUACAAGCAAGGUCGCGUUUUCGCUACCGGCGCUGACUCGGCGUGUCUGCUGGGUCUGCGGCGCCAGGCUCUCGAGUUCCAGCCCGUGUCGGACCUCAAAGAACAAACCGACUUCACGCACCGCAUCCCGCGCGAGGAGUGGUGGCUCAAGCUGCGCCCGCUGCUCAAGAUCCUGGCCAAGGACCGCGUGAGCUACGACAUCACGGACACCGGCUACGUGGGCCCGCUGAGCGCCAAGCAAUAAGGGGGGACGGCGAGGCAUAGGGCAGGCGUGGGGAGGGGGGCAGGCGUGGAGAGGGC